GGCAGACGGUCCACAGCAGCAGCCAGCGCUGAUCAAUCCGCUCAGGGAAUAAAAUAGUGUACCAGUUGAAACCCGAACCCCGGAAUACCUUUUGUCCGUGGAUCCAGGCCGGCUAACACCUUUUGCUUUCUUUUUCUUUACUUUCUUUUUUUAAUGUAAUUUUUGCUUUGGACUACUCGCGCUAUGCUGGUGACACAAGUGCGUAUUUCGUCUCUGUUGUGACCAAACCAGAAAGUCUUUUGAGGAUAUUCCGCGCAGAAGUGUGCGUGGUAUAUUUUGGGGGGCGUGAGGGGUUUCUUCUCAGUGACUGCUGGAAGGGGAAAUCCUGAUUGUGGAACUACUGCGCCAAUGGUGUGGUGCCGGACUGGACCACCUACUCGUAGCUGACCCGCUCAGUGCGCGGAGAAGGGGGACACCGCGGGACUUCUGGUGCACGUUCCUCCGGUUCCAUUGAAAGGCGCGUUGGAACUAAGAAGAGACGUAGGCUGCUGUGCUUCGAAGCCCCAAUCGCGCACCUUCUCGUGGUUUCGUGAAUGGUUCCGUGGGUGUGACACGGACGGGACUGGAAGGAGCGGACUGUGAGCAGCCCGGGAUUGUACCCCGUUCCUCUCGUGGCUCUGUUUACAUGAGCGCGUUAUGACAAUGGAUUACAUUCUGCUCUUGUGCAGCUUCUUGCUGCCCGUAGCCAGUGCAGUCGAAGAGACACUGAUGGACACCAAGUGGGCCACAACAGAGUUAGCCUGGACUUCGCACCCUGAGACUGGGUGGGAAGAAGUGAGUGGCUAUGAUGAUGCCAUGAAUCCCAUCCGAACCUACCAAGUGUGUAAUGUGAGAGAGCUCAACCAGAAUAACUGGCUACGCAGUGACUUCAUCCCAAGAAAGGAUGUGCUGCGAGUAUACGUAGAGAUGAAAUUCACAGUGCGUGAUUGCAACAGCAUCCCAAACAUCCCAGGUUCCUGCAAAGAGACCUUCAACCUCUUCUACUAUGAGUCUGACUCCGACUCAGCCACAGCAACCAGUCCAUUCUGGAUGGAAAACCCAUAUGUGAAAGUGGACACCAUUGCCCCAGAUACAAGCUUUUCCAAGCUCGAUUCCGGACUGGUUAACACAAAAGUCAGAAGUUUUGGGCCUUUGUCCAAAGCUGGGUUCUACCUGGCCUUCCAGGACCUUGGGGCUUGCAUGUCCCUCAUCUCAGUGAGGGUUUUUUAUAAGAAGUGCUCCACCACCAUUGCAAACUUUGCAGUUUUUCCAGAAACAGCAACUGGAGCUGAGGCAACAUCUUUGGUGAUUGCGCCUGGAACAUGUGUCCCCAAUGCCUUGGAGGUGUCAGUGCCACUAAAGCUAUACUGUAAUGGAGAUGGGGAAUGGAUGGUUCCCGUGGGUGCCUGCACCUGCUCAGCUGGUUUUGAACCAGCCAUGAAAGACACUCAAUGCCAAGCCUGCAGCCCUGGCACCUUCAAGUACAAGCAAGGGGAAGGCUUCUGCUUGCCUUGUCCCGCAAAUAGCCGUGCCAGUGCUGGAGCGGCAAGUGUUUGCUCCUGUCGAAACGGUUACUACCGCUCAGACAUAGACACACCGGACUCCCCGUGCACAACUGUUCCUUCCGCCCCACGCAAUGUCAUCUCCAGUGUGAAUGAAACUUCGCUGGUUCUGGAAUGGAGCGAGCCACGGGAUCUGGGCGGCCGCGACGACACUUUCUACAAUGUCAUCUGUAAGAAGUGCCUGCCUGAACGGGGAAUGUGUUCCCGCUGCGACGACAAUGUGGAUAUCUCGCCGCGCCAUCUUGGUUUGACCCAGCGCAGAGUGGCGGUCCGCAACUUACAAGCCCAUACGCAGUACAGUUUUGAGAUCCAGGCCGUCAAUGGAGUUUCAAACAAGAGCCCUUACACGCCUCAGUUUUCUGCUGUGAACAUCACCACUAAUCAGGCCGCUCCGUCUGCAGUACCAACAGUUCACCUGAUGGCAGCCACCGCGAGCACCAUGAGCUUGUCCUGGCUGCCUCCAGAAAAACCCAAUGGAAUCAUUUUGGAUUAUGAGAUUAAGUACCAUGAGAAGGUAAGCAGAAAUGAUCAGGGUGAAGCCAUCGCUCAUACAAUGACGGCCCAACGAAGCAAUGCCCGCAUUGAAGGUCUCAAGGCUGGUACGCCUUAUGUGGUGCAGGUCCGUGCACGAACAGUAGCUGGUUAUGGACGGUAUAGCAGCCCAGCUGACUUCAGCACCAACUUGCAAACUGACCCACCGAAAUUGUGGCAGGAGCAACUACCCCUCAUCGUAGGAUCAGCCACUGCAGUUUUUGUCUUCAUCAUUGCUGUUGUAGUGAUCGCCAUUGUAUGCCUCAGAAAGCAAAGGAAUGGUUCGGAGUCAGAAUACACAGAGAAACUACAGCAGUACAAAUCCCCUAUAGUCACUCCGGGAAUGAAGGUCUACAUUGACCCUUUCACCUAUGAGGACCCCAACGAAGCCGUGAGGGAGUUUGCCAAAGAGAUAGACGUCUCAUGCGUGAAGAUCGAGGAGGUCAUCGGCGCAGGUAACCCACCAAAGCUCCUGAGCUACAGGGGGAAGACUGCUAGUCACCUCCAGGCCAUACCGUUAGAGGACUUCACACCAAGCGGAGAGUUUGGUGAGGUAUGCCGUGGUCGCCUCAAGCUUCCCGGCCGCCGUGAGAUCAUUGUUGCCAUAAAGACUCUCAAAGUGGGCUACACUGACCGACAGAGGAGAGACUUCCUCUCAGAAGCAUCCAUUAUGGGCCAGUUUGACCACCCCAAUAUCAUCCGCUUGGAAGGUGUGGUCACCAAGAGUCGACCAGUAAUGAUUGUGACUGAGUUCAUGGAAAAUGGAGCACUGGAUUCUUUCCUAAGGCUUAAUGACGGGCAAUUCACAGUGAUUCAGCUCGUUGGCAUGCUGCGUGGCAUCGCUGCAGGAAUGAAGUACCUUUCAGAUAUGAAUUACGUGCAUAGAGACCUGGCUGCUCGUAACAUCCUGGUCAACAGUAACCUAGUGUGCAAGGUGUCUGACUUCGGCCUAUCUCGUUUUCUCGAGGAUGACCCUACGGACCCGACCUACACAAGCUCACUGGGAGGGAAGAUCCCAAUUCGAUGGACGGCACCGGAGGCGAUUGCCUACAGGAAGUUCACCUCAGCGAGUGACGUGUGGAGCUACGGCAUUGUCAUGUGGGAAGUCAUGUCUUAUGGAGAGCGGCCGUAUUGGGACAUGAGCAAUCAGGAUGUGAUAAAUGCCGUGGAGCAGGACUAUCGACUGCCCCCGCCAAUGGACUGCCCCACAGCACUACACCAGCUCAUGUUAGACUGCUGGGUGAAAGAACGCAACCUGCGACCCAAAUUCACUCAGAUUGUUGCCACCCUGGAUAAACUAAUCCGCAAUGCCGCCAGCCUUAAAGUGGUCACUAACAGCACACAGUCCACUGGGGUAUCCCAACCCUUGCUUGACCGCUGCGUGCCCGACUAUACAACUUUCACCACUGUGGGAGACUGGCUGGACGCCAUCAAGAUGAGCCGCUACCAUGACAAUUUCAUCAAUGCCGGAUUUGCUUCCUUUGACCUGGUUGCCCAGAUGACAGCAGAGGACUUGCUGAGGAUAGGUGUUACAUUGGCUGGCCACCAGAAGAAGAUUCUAGGUAGCAUUCAGGAUAUGAGACUACAGAUGAACCAAACCCUUCCUGUCCAGGUGUGAAGAACAAGGCAUCCACAGUGUUGCAGUUGCAAGACGGACAGUUUGAGAAAGAAAAGGGGGAGGAACCGUGCCAGAUCGAGCCAUUGGAAAAAUCCAAGCUGCCUGACCCAUCUCUGCCAAUUAGACACUACAAAACUGACUUGCAGUGCCUCAGACGUGUUUACUUUUUGUUUCUCACCACUACCACUUCCUGUUUUAUGUUAUUCAUCAUGUACUUUUUCUAUUCAAUCACAAUUUGUGUGUGUCUGAAAGAGGGGUCAGUUUACCCAUCCCAUUGAAGCCUCACCAGCUUUGGUGUAGGCUUACUUUGCAUGAUUGUGUGUGUUAGGGAGCUUGUCUUUGGUAACUGAAAUGUCACAGUGAUCCUGAUGUGAGAACCUCCUUCCCUCAGCCCUGCGACCCAGCUUUGAUGGACAGGAGCAAAAAAUGAAGAUGCUGGAGGGGAUAAAAAAGUACAGAAAGGAGAGUGCUGACUAUUCUUUCCCUGACGUCGUUUCAGUGCACAUGUGUUGUUUUCCAUCUUCAUAUUGAAGAUGUGUUUUCUAUAAAAGGGCACUUGCUGAAGAAGGGUGAGGUACCAUGAUGGACUGAAGUAAAACAUCAGAUAAUUGUGGAGGUCAGUCAAAUACUUGUUUAAGGAUACUUGGACUCAUGUUGACCUGAAGGAGGGUUUUUACAAGAUCGGGAUCACUUGCUCAUCAACGGUUUCCUUUUUUGUUUUUUUUGGUCCACAUUGAACUUUUCCCUAUCUUUAUGACUUUUUUUUUUUAAAUAUUAGGGAGAAUUGUGGUUUCCAAAUGGCUGGUCAAAAUGAAAUACCCCAAGUGGACCCUUGCUGUGAGAUGGGGACACAAGGACUGCGGCAACACAAUAGACAGACCACUAGGCCUUUUUUAGUGUGUGUAUGUGUGUGUGUGUGUGUACGAGUGGGCGUAUGUGUAAUUAAGUGUGCUUGGAUGUGCAGGUGUGUCACGUUGCACACAAGUAUACUGUACAAUACAGCUUCCGCUUUUUGCCACUGUGGAGAAUUAACGCAUGAAUUGAAUCCUGAGAAGGAACAAUUAUAUUUGGAACAAUUAUGCUAUAUUCUGUGGACAAUUGGUAAAAACAACCUUUUUUUUAUGGAUUCUCAAAGUCAACUUUGGAGAAACAUGUAUAUGCAUAUAAGGUAUGCAGAGAAACCUAUUGAGGACAACUUUCUUCUUACUAGUCCUGGAUUCAGAAAUCAUCAAAAUUCUCGUUUUAAUUUGAUGGCAUCCCUCCCCAUGUAUUUAUUUGUGACCUAUCCCCUCUCCCACACCCCCCUACCACCACCUACCAAAUGGAUCAUUCGACCAUUUGGGAACCUGGACAUGAAACAAUCAGAUGGAAAUGCAGAGGAUUCAGCUGAUGAAUUGAUGAUGAUUAAA